CACUCAUUAAACAGAACACGAGUCUACUCUGCUUUAGGUUAGGAGGAAGUAGUACGGUAGAUAGGCACAGAGGAACAAAUCACUACACGAAUAACGUUAAAGAGAAUUCGUACGUGUAUGAGCGUUCAGAGACGUCGGCAUUAAACUAGACAAGUUCUCACUUAGUCUACACCAAACUUUAGCGCCGACACAUUCCCACGCAAAAAAAUACCAAGAUACUUUUCCACGUUGCAUACGUUGUGACCGUCAGUGUUAAUGCUGAUAGUCGAUUUGUCGCACUGCGGCGGCAGGUAGUGAAUUUGUUCAGGUCGAGUCUGCCUUUUCUUAGCUAAUUGUCCAAGUUAUCGUCAACAGUAUGCGAGAUGUUCAGAACACACGAGGCCAUAUAAAGUUGGCAGUCUGGUAUUUGUAAUGUGCAGAUUCAGCGAACCUUCUGAGGAGAUGGAAUCAAAUCGAGAGCUCUCUUUCGAAAACUCACAACAAUUGCAACACAAGUUAGUCAACUGCUGUCGCAACCAUAAUAAUACCAGUGAUAGCGUAGCAACACUAGUCUUGGCCAGCUAACGAAAUGCAAAAACACUAUAGGCAAACAGCAUUGCACAGAAGAAGAGACUGUUUAUCGAUUCAAUUAUGCCAACUGCACGUCAACACGUUCGGUACAUCCGAUGGCAUCCGGCACACGAUCAACAGUUUCGAAUAGGCAUCCCACGGAAAUUCAACGUCGUUUUGUGUGUUGUUGUCCUUCGACUCACUAGCCAAUCGGCUAACUGGUUGGCAACACACCCAGAUUGAAAUUCGUCGCUACCAGGUCAUCUAGACGUGAUCUCGUCGCUGACCUCGCCUACUGCUGCUACUACUAUAUGCACUCGAUUCGAUUCCACUCGGCCCAACACAACACAACGCGACGCAACGCAUCACAAUGCAAUCGACUGAACUCCGUCACUCACUCACUCACUCACUCACUCACUCGCUCGCUCGCUUGCUUGCUUGCUUGUUUGCUAGACACAUUGGCCACAACGACAGUGGCUGUCGACUGUUGUUUUUGCUGUUCGCCUGUCUUUCACCGAUGACCUGGUGCAGCGACCUGUGGGAUCUCGCGUCGCCAGUAAUCGUCGACGGAUGGCUGGUAGCUAGUCGGAUCAGCCGGACGAGUCAGCGUCACAGUAACCACGUUUCGACCAACAUGAAUUUUUUGAAGGCUCGACGCAGCAGAACGGACCAGUCAGUGAUUGGUGACGGGGUCGUCGUAUACAGCAACCGGCAAGCUAAGACUAAAAGCAGCGCGACGAGUGUGGAACAGCUAGAGCUCCGAGGAAAAGUAACUCGUCUUCAAGCAUAUGCGUCGCGGAGUGAAGAUGUUGUUGUUGGAGCAUGCAACAUUGUCGUCUGCUACCUGUGCUACGUCUGUGUUAUGGUGUCGGAAUAGAAGGGCACCAGUAAGGUCG